CCCUACAGUACGGUUAUAUCGAUAGUACGUUGACUUCUCGAUAACUAAAGCCAGGCAUUUGUUUACUAUGAACAUGUAGUUCAACUUUGGUCGAAGUGAGUGUACCGGCGUUCAAAUUUCAAGAAGUAGAAAUUAGCAGACGACAGUACGCGUCAAACAAUGGCAACAAGCAAUUCAUUGGCUGCUGAUUCUGUCACCGCUGACCAGGUGAAAUCGUUCAGGGACUUUCUGCUGUCUUACAACAAGCUGUCAGAGAUGUGUUUCAUGGCAUGUGCUUGGGACUUCACAACUCGAAAAGUUAAGAAUCAAGAAGAAAAAUGUGCACUCAAUUGCAUGGAGAAGUACCUCAGCAUGAAUCAGCGUAUUUCGCAGAGGUUCCAGGAAUUCCAGAUGAUUGCUAAUGAGAAUGCAAUGGCAGCAGCACAGAAGAUGGGAGUAACACCUCAGCGGUGACUUCUUGCAGGAUUGCAGAAAAGUAUCAGCUUUGUCUGUUGAAUUUUGCAGAUGAGAUACUUAUUUUGUACAAAUUUGUAUUUUUUUGUAAUUAUAGUAUAUUGGUGUGUUCCACCUACAAAAACUUAUUUCUCUGUAGAUAAGAAUCCUUACAAUAAAUUUUUUUUGUGCAACUA